AAUGUAUAAAUGUAUGUAACCCAGAAAAAUCUUCUGUUAGUGCAAUAAUCAAGAGCAGGUGCAAUCGUUUUUAAACGAAAAACUCAUCGUCAUACCUAUUUCAAAAUUUUCAUUUUCAUUGCAUCAUCGGCGUCCGGAAAAUUAUAAAGCGCGGCAACACUAAACUGUAGUUCAUUAACUACUACUGCUACUACUAAUUACAAUUUUAUAAUUUUGAACAUCGAAUGUUACAACUGCCACUGUAUCUAGUUUACAUCAGAAAACGUUUUGCAACUUUGUGUUUUGUAUGUAAAUUUUCAUUCUCACCGACAUCGUUUCACCAAGACAUGGUUAGCAGCCGAUCUUAAAUUGUUAGAACAGUACAAACACAUGGGUUUCACUGCGAUUAAUUUAUAGUGUAACAUGUGUUUAGUGACGCCUUUUAAAAGGACUUUUUGUUAUUUUUCUCAUUAAGAUGAAAACAUCCUGUGUUUAUGUGAUAUAUUUGGUAAUAGUUUUGGAAAUCGGAGCUAGUCUAUCGUCAAGAGUCAUUAUAGUAGAAGAUGCUAAAGCCUGCUACAGACGUGUCCUAGCUGGAAAAAGAAUAACCCCAUCCAUUGUAAGAAAAGCGGUAUUUUGUGAACGACUUGAAGACUGUAUGAAAGAAUGCGCCGAAGAAAGUCAAUUUGUUUGCGAAGGUUUUAAUUACAGACUAGAUCAGUCAGGCAAAGGACAAGGAGAAUGCGAACUGUUAGAUUUUCCACUCCAAGAAAUCAAUCUCAGAAGGGACAUCGUUCACGACCCCGAUUACGACUACUACGAACGAGACCGUAAUGUGGGUCCGGACUGCAAGACAUACCCUAUGCAAAGACCUACUUACAGUAACUACGAUAGACCACCAAGCCGCCAGUACAGACCGCCCUUUGACAGAGGAAGUGGAUACGAUUUUCCACGUAGAAACAAUUAUGGGGGAAGGAACUACGGUAAAGAUGAUAGAAACGUGUAUUACGAUGAUAGGCGUUAUAGACCUCCUCCUUCAUAUGAACAAGAUGACGGUUAUCGAUAUGAUCCUCCACCACCCUAUAGGGGUGGACAACGAGGAGACAAAAGUUACGAUUUCUACGAUCAUCGCUUUAAUGUGGAAGGUCAUCGUUCCUACAACUUUUCCAAAGAAGAUCGUUUUAACCAUGACAGUGGGCGGUUUUUUCACCAUACGGCUCGCGUCCCUUCAUACCUUCCCGCAGGAGGUGUAGACGCGAGUCGAAAAGAUCUUCAACCACCCACAAUACCCACAACGUACCUUCCCGACCAUUCCACAAUCCCUGAUGUCACAACACCACGUUACGAACCUAAUCCAGUUACUCCAAAUUAUCACUCAGAUAAAGGAAGAUUUUAUCCUGAAGACGACAGAAGACGAUUACUACCACCACCCCCGCCCCAACUGUACCACAAGCGACCCCCUUAUUAUUUACAUGAUAAUGAUCGAAAGUCGUAUCUACCACACGGGGAACCCCCAGUUUAUGACUAUAAAUCGUUUGAACCGUUUUUGCCUCCUGAAAUCGAUUAUUACCAAAAAGACCAGUUCUGGGACAACUAUUUUCGGAAAAGGGAACAAGAUUUCAGAUACUGGGGAUUUGAUGACAAGAACAGCUAUUGGGGUGGAUCCUAUGGAAAUUUUGGCAAACCUAAUGGCUAUUUUACUAAUGUUCCUAAUAAACCAAUUGUUUGGGAUGACUAUCAGAUCGACAAAACUCGUCAACCGUUUGUACCGGCACACAAACCAAAAGAGUGGAAUGCUUACGGUGGUUUAUACGGGUACGGAGGUCAAAAAAGUUAUUACGAUCAUGAAAAGAAAAUUACAUUAUCGGGUAUUAAGUUNAUCGACAAAACUCGUCAACCGUUUGUACCGGCACACAAACCAAAAGAGUGGAAUGCUUACGGUGGUUUAUACGGGUACGGAGGUCAAAAAAGUUAUUACGAUCAUCAUAAAGACAGUUAUAACUAUUGGGGAUUGAGAAGAUAUGACGAUCAGCAAUAUUUUUCAAAUUUUUUUAUUCAACCUCCCCAAUACCAGCCGUUCAAACAUUUUCCUCCAACUGGUAAUCAAUAUUUUUUUGGUCAUAGAACAGGAUUCGAACCAGGGUUUAUUGAUAGUGACAGUUUAGUGAAAAAAGCUUGUUCAUUGAGAAUGACCAGCGGAUUUAGGCUACACCGGCAUGUCGUUAGAAAAUUUUUAGCUGUCAAGGAUAUUUACGAAUGUGAGUUACUUUGUUUCAAGGAGAAAGCAUUCAUCUGUUCUUCGUACGCCUUCAGGUAUACAUAUGGUCCAUCAGUACCUCCAGAAAAUUGUUAUCUGAGCGACAAGACUCAUAAGACAAUUGAUUACUAUGCUGAUUUAGAACCGGAUAGAAAUUUCGACGUGUACACGAUGAACAAUCGAGAAGUUUGUCACAAUCUACUAAUAUCUAGUCGAGGAUAUAGUGAAUGCUUCUGGAGGGUAAGAAGUGGACUAAGAUUUGACCAUACCGUUGUUAAGGAUUCACUCACAUGUCAAACGCUGCCAGAAUGUCAGCUAGAAUGUCUUCACAGUAAACGAUUUACUUGCAGAGCGUUUAGUUACAGAUUUGGUCCCUCGAUACCUGGCGGUAGUAUCGACAACUGUCAAUUAAGUGAUGUACCAUUUUUCGAAUUAAAUCCUAGAAUAGACUUAAAACUAGAACCGGGAUUCGAAAUAUAUGAAAGAGGUAGUUACGGCCAUGGUUGUGAACCAUUUCACUUUAAGGUUGGCUCGGCCGAUCGAAACAUUACGUCAUCUAAUAUGAACGAACUAUGCUACGUGGGUUAUGGGACUCCCGCAAAAAUCUUGCCCAUAGCAACGAAAUCUUCAGUUCCAGUCGAAAAUGAUUUUGAGUGCCGGCAAAAGUGUACGGAAGCGAGAGAGAAACGUCUUUUUGAAUGCAUGUCGUAUAGUUUCAGAUCGAAUGUACCACCAAAUUCCCUCAAUUGUGAUUUAUCGGAUAUUUACCAAAGCGAUUUAUUACCCAAUGUCGAUUAUGUUUUUGACAAGGACUCAUCCUUGUACGCAUGGAACGAUUAUGAUCCUGAAUGUGUUGCGGUGUUGAAUUCGAAGGGGAGUCAUAUUGGCAAUAACGGCAACAGUAUUUCAGAACCCCAUACAGGAGUGGCCUAUCCACCAUAUACAUGGCGAAUGUUCAGUGUAAAUGGAUGGCCCUGUAAAAGUUUAAGUCGACAAAAUAAAGAGGCAGGAUUUUGGUUUUGCGAAAUUGAAGGAGCAUCACCAAAUUCGUGGGACUACUGCUGUCGACCUGAUCAUCAGUGCGGUUAUUCAGAGGGAUAUUCUUACCAAUGGUGCUACGUGGGCCACCAAAAAACUCAGUGGCGUCAAUGUAACGAUAAAUACUACCCCUACGCAAGAAAUAUAAUUAUCAGACUUCCCAAUCAUGUAAAGGAAUCGUAUUUACCUGACUUAAAACCGCUUCAAACAAAUUUAAUUGCAAACUUUCAGCCUUCGUACAAUCCCAGGUUCAGACCAAAUAGACCACAAACACACAAAACAACUCCGCACAAAAGUCUCGAUCAGUAUGAAAAAGAGUUUGAUAAUCAGUUUUUAGAGAAACCAACUAACAAUUUAGGAGAACCUAAACAUUGGCCGGUGUCAUAUUUGCACAAAGAAAUGCCUCCGAAAGAAGGAAUGACUAACAGUUCUGAAUUUGAAGACAGAGGAACUCCAAACACAGAAGGGCAGUCACUCAAUUCAAAGUAUGAAGCUAUUUCAAACUUGAUAGAUGUUAUUAAGAAAGAAGAACUUGAUAAUAUAAAAUACGAAAUUGAAAAUCAAACUAAUACGUCUGACAAUGAAGAAGUACUUGUUGUGCAGAUACCACUUCCUUCUAAUUUUACUAAAAAAUCAGAAAAUUUAUCCCUGAUUACCAAUACUACCAAAAAAUAUGAAUCUACAGAGCCUGUAUAUGCAUCAAAAAUUGAAAGGGUUGCAAAACAUACAAAACCAGCCUACUCGAGGAGCUACAUAACCAAAACUAGUAAACCUGAGCUAAAAAUUGAACCUAAUUAAAUUAAAACACAAAAACUGCCAUUUUUUAAACGUGUAUCAGUACUAAUAAUAAUGAACUCACUAUUUUUUUAUACUUGUAACAUUAGCAUGUUUUUUAAAUAAAAGUUUUAAGCUUUAA